CUUGCUAUUGGCUGAGCCCGCAGCUCUCCGAGAGUCCCGCCUUCUUUAGCUCAGCCCGCGUCUAGCCGGGAAGGCGCCGACCUCGCCGGAGACUGUUCUAGGAUUGCCCAGGGGUCGCCAUGGCCUGCAGCCCAGGCAGUGGGGCUUCCUUGGAGGGGAUUUCCCUGGGCUCCUCUGAAGAAGCAGAGCUCCGCAGGGAAGCCAUGCAGCAAGUCUUGGACAACCUGGGAUCCCUCCCCAAUGCCACGGGGGCUGCGGAACUGGACCUGAUCUUCCUUCGAGGCAUUAUGGAAAGUCCCAUAGUCAGAUCCCUGGCCAAGGCCCACGAGAGGCUGGAAGAGACCAAGUUGGAGGCCGUUCGGGAUAACAACCUGGAGCUGGUGCAGGAAAUCCUGCGGGACCUGGCAGAGCUGGCGGAGCAGAGCAGCACCGCGGCGGAGCUGACGCGGAUCCUCCAGGAGCCCCACUUCCAGUCCCUUCUGGAGACACAUGACUCAGUGGCCUCAAAGACCUACGAGACGCCACCCCCCAGCCCGGGUCUGGAUCCCACGUUCAGCAACCAGCCGGUACCUCCCGAUGCCGUGCGCAUGGUGGGCAUCCGCAAGACUGCGGGAGAGCAUCUGGGCGUGACAUUCCGGGUGGAGGGCGGCGAGUUGGUGAUUGCCCGCAUUCUGCACGGGGGAAUGGUGGCUCAGCAGGGCCUGCUGCACGUGGGUGACAUCAUCAAGGAAGUGAACGGGCAGCCGGUGGGCAGCGAUCCCCGGGCGCUGCAGGAGCUCCUGCGCAGCGCCAGUGGCAGCGUCAUCCUCAAGAUACUGCCCAGCUACCAGGAACCCCACCUCCCCCGACAGGUAUUUGUGAAAUGCCACUUCGACUAUGACCCAGCGAGGGACAGCCUCAUCCCCUGCAAGGAAGCGGGCCUGCGCUUCAGCGCUGGGGACUUGCUCCAGAUCGUAAACCAAGAUGAUGCCAACUGGUGGCAGGCGUGCCACGUGGAAGGGGGCAGCGCCGGGCUCAUCCCCAGCCAGUUGUUGGAGGAGAAGCGGAAAGCCUUUGUCAAGCGGGACCUGGAACUGACCCCGACCUCAGGGACCCUGUGCGGCAGCCUUUCGGGAAAGAAAAAGAAGCGAAUGAUGUAUCUGACCACCAAGAACGCAGAGUUUGACCGCCACGAGCUGCUCAUCUAUGAGGAGGUAGCCCGCAUGCCCCCGUUCCGCCGGAAAACCCUGGUGCUGAUCGGCGCGCAGGGUGUGGGCCGGCGCAGCCUGAAAAAUAAGCUCAUUCUGUGGGAUCCAGACCGCUACGGCACCACGGUGCCCUACACAUCCCGGAGGCCCAAGGACUCAGAACGGGAAGGGCAGGGCUACAGCUUUGUGUCUCGUGGGGAGAUGGAGGCCGAUAUCCGCGCCGGGCGGUACCUGGAACACGGCGAGUACGAGGGCAACCUGUAUGGGACUCGGAUUGACUCCAUCCGGGGCGUGGUCGCCUCCGGCAAGGUGUGCGUGCUGGACGUCAACCCCCAGGCCGUGAAGGUCCUAAGGACAGCUGAGUUUGUCCCUUAUGUGGUGUUCAUCGAGGCUCCUGACUUCGAGACCCUGCGGGCCAUGAACCGGGCUGCACUGGAGAGUGGCGUGUCCACCAAGCAGCUGACGGAGGCGGAUCUGAGGCGGACGGUAGAGGAGAGCAGCCGUAUCCAGAGGGGCUAUGGGCAUUACUUCGACCUCAGCCUGGUCAACAGCAACCUGGAGAGGACCUUCCGUGAGCUCCAGGCUGCUAUGGAGAAGCUUCGGUCGGAGCCCCAGUGGGUGCCGGUCAGCUGGGUGUACUGAGCCCUGCUCUGGACCUUGUCCCUUGCCUGGUUGGGAAUCCAUCCUUCACCUGUGACACUCCCCCAUUCCCGCUAACGCUCUUCACCCUCCAUCUCCAGGCUUUCCCCCCCCUGGGUCACAGCGCCCGGUAGGGGGCUGGCUUCAGUACAGAGGUGUGUACUGCCAGGGAGGGAGGUGUUCAUGGGGUACCCCUGUACCCAGGUGCUGCCCACUCCCUCUGCCCCCUGGCCACCAGACAUCCCUUUCUAAGGAUCAUGCUGUGUCCAGGAGCAUCUCAGAGUCACUCCCGUAAUGUUCAGUCCAGGAAAGAGCAGAGCUGCUUGGGGCCUUGUGGUCGGCCCCAGACACUGGAAGGAGACACUGCCAGCUUUUUCUUCCCCGGGGGCUGGCCAUACCCACCAGCUCCCCGGCCCCUCCCAUCCCUUACUCUCGUCCCAGGACCAGCCUUGGGUACUCAGCCCACUAAUAGCUAGGCAGACCCGGGCAGUGGUUCCAGUCUGGACCAUUUUAGAGGCUGGGGACGCCUGGUCGUGAGCUAGUCGCUGCAGCUGGUGACGCAGGCCUCGGCUCUCUGAGGAGCAGACACAGCCUGGUCCCUCCUUUAUUCCCAGCUUCUCACUGCCAAAGUCUCUCCACAGACCUUCUCAAGAUGUCCGUCUUCUGUAAGCCCUGCUCCCCAAACAGGGCAACUGGUGGGUGGCAGUAGGCUUAGCCCAGGCUGGAAAUGGAAAGUUGAACCCUCUGUUGUCGGGACCAAAAGUACUCCAGGCGCCACAGCCCACACUUUGGUUCUCUUCAGGCUCUUCUCUGGAUGGAUCUAAGUGGCCCGCUGGCAUUAGGGCUGAGGAGGGGUGGCAGCUUGGAACCAGACAGAUUAGCUUUAGCUUGGGGGGGGGGCAGAGUAGUGCUUUCUCUUGGUGGUGGCUCUUUGAGGCCCCCUCAUGGAUUUCCCUCAGCUUCUCCUCCCCAUUUCUUACAAGCCCCCAUCCCAGACCCCAGAGCCUGGAACUUUCCUCUACUGUCCUAUUGUCCCCUAGCCUAAGUACCAGCCUUUAGUCCUUAGGGAGGAUGGUUUUGUAAAAUACCGUAAUCCUUUUACGAACCACAUCCUUGACAUCUGGAGACAUCUCAUCCUUCAUUCUUGAGGGGCCCCCUGUCCUCACAGGGGACCCCCGGCACCCCUACCCUGUGCCUCCCAGUUCUCCUGCGUGUCAGUCUUUGCUGCAGCGUCAGCCCAAGCUGGCCCCUGAACCACUGUGUGCCCAUUUCCUAGGGAAGGGGGUGGGGAGGGAAAAGAAAGACUAUUUAUUACAAAUGCUAGAAAUAUAUUUAUUAUAUUAGGAAUCUCAUUUGCAUAGGCAUCAGACGUGCCAAUGAGACUAGAGGUGGGCCUGCCCGCUGCUCAUUUGCAUAGCGCUGCUAUCCACUGCUCAGUCAUUUUCCCGCCUUGGUUUUCCAUUUAGUCCGUGUCCUUUUCUUCAGUUCAGUAUCUUGCUGGGACCCUGACGCUUACUUAGCUGAAGCGGACUGGUUGUGGGAGGGAAAUGGCUUAUUUCCCUGCUUGCCGGUUCCAUCCUCCCCUGGAGGAUGAGUGUAGGGUCGGAGAAUCAUCUGUGACAGCCCCUGAUCCCUUUGAUUAACCCACAAAGCCCCCCUGACCAAAAGACCAUGGCCUCUGAUAGAGAUCUGGUUGGUGCCAUGCUGGAGACUUGGUACCAUUUCAUCCCUCAGGAUAUCCGGUGUGGUAGCAACUCCCACAUCCUCCUCUCCGGGAAUGUGCAAGGGGCAGGGCUGGGCCCCUCCUCUUUGAACAGCCUCCUACCUCUCCCGCUGAAUCUAGCUCUACUCCCCAUCCAAGCACUGACCAGGUGGGAAGAGAGACUGUGGGCCUUCUCGGCUCACCGGCUGGAGGGCCUGGGUUAGGACAUGCUCGUGCCCAGCAAGCUAGCUCUGUGCCUGUCCCCCCUCCCUCCCACCAGGACCACAGGAGAAGGAGGGCCCUGCCCCCAUGGUCCAUCAGCCUCAGCCCAUUACUCUUCCUUUGUUCCCCCCACCGGCCAUCCAAUUCUUAAGUUUUCUUUUUUUUCCUUUGAUUAAAUGCAAAAGCAAA